CAGUGGGCAAGCAACUCGCUCACCGCCCAUCACCGCGUAACUUACUACUGUAUACCAAGGUGCCAGACCGGCUUCGCCAAGCCUUGGCCACCACCCGAAACAACAUUGGGACUGGAAUGGUCCCCGCUUUAUCUCGGCCCGCGCCUUCGAAAGAAGAAAGAGGCGAAGAGAGCGAGACGAGGGAACACUGUCAGAGAGUAGUAUCGAAAAUCUCGAGGGCUGUGCUUGGUACCUUGAUGCUGAUCGGUCUUUAUCUUAUCAGGGCACCAGGCACCAGGCACCAACAAGCUCUACGAUUUGCUUUGUCACCGUGUCCGCAUCGAAGUGGUGGGCUGGUUGUCUUUCGUUCCUACAGGGAAGACGUCAAACUCGCCGGCGGCCCGGGGACAGACCCCAAAGUGAAACUGAGAUCAACCGGAACGGUGCGAUCUUCGCCUGUCAUGUCGGGCGCUGCAGUCCUACGAGAUAAGGAACGGUGGCCCUCGCUUAACCUUCGGAUAGGACGCCCAGUAGAUGUGGCAGGUGGCAGGUGGCAGGUGGCAGGUGGCAGGUUGCAGGUGCACAGUCCGCCGUGGAUAGGUCUCUUGCAUUAUUCUUUCUUCUGGAGGAAAGAGGUAUACUAAUAACUACAGCCCCCUGGCAGUGUCGCCCCUUCCAUGGUAAAAAUUAUUCUUUCGGUCUGCAUGAGAGAUGGGAGCUAGUAACAGUACCAUACAUGAAGGAUACAUAGGGUACAGUACGUACAUAGGAGAGGUGCUG